AUGAGCUCUACGGCUUCGGACGUGGAGUCCAUCAUGUCCGCCAACCAGCGUCUUGAUACGAGUGCACCUUCCUCACCACCCCGGGAUGAGAGUGUUGAGCCCAUGGAUUCUGAGUUUGCUAUUAUAAUGAAGGAGGAAGCAAAAGCAAAAGCAGACAACAGCAAGAAAGACAAGGCCGCGCAGAAGUCUCAGAAUGUGAAGAACCGCCGAAAGCGCAAGAAUGAGCUCUCCAAGGAGGAGAAGCUCAAGUUAGCCAAAGAGCUGGAUGAACUGCUCAAGAAGUCCCAGGCAUUCAGCAAGAUGCUCAUGGAGAAGACCCAAGCCAUGGGUCGGGUUGGCACCAGCUUGGAAGGAGAAGCGUUGGGUGACCACAGCCUGUCCCUCACUGCCCAACCCAAGAUCAUGAAGGGUGGCACCAUGAGAGACUACCAGUUGGAAGGUCUCACUUGGAUGAGAGAGGUGUGUCUGCAGGGCCUGUCAGGUAUUCUCGCUGAUGAGAUGGGUCUUGGGAAAACUGUUCAGACAAUCUCGUUGAUUGCCAACUUGAGAGAGGAGAACUACCUUGGUCCCCAUCUCAUCGUCGCACCUUUGAGCACACUCUCAAACUGGAUGGACGAAUUUGAGAAGUGGUGCCCCACCCUCCCAGUCGUUCUGUUCCAUGGAGAUGCCCAAAAGCGCGCCGAGAUCAAGAGGAAGCACCUGACACCAAACAUGAAGAACGGCAACCCUACCAAGAAGUUCCCUGUGGUGUGCACAUCCUACGAGAUGGUCCUAAGAGAAAGGGCAACCUUGAGCAAGUUCAACUGGGCUUUCAUUAUCAUUGACGAAGGCCACCGCAUGAAGAACUUCGAGUCCAAGCUGUUCCAAGAGUUGGAGACUUUCGCAUCCGCGACCCGUAUGCUCAUUACCGGCACCCCCCUGCAAAACAACCUGAAAGAACUCUGGGCACUUCUCCAUUUCUUGCUGCCCAUGAUCUUCAAGAGCUACGAGGCUUUCGAGGCGUGGUUCGACUUUGACGACCUCCAGGAUGAAGAGGGCACCCAGGAGUUCAUCGCCGACCGCGAGAAUCAGGAGCUAAUCAAGAAGAUUCACGUCAUCCUCCAGCCGCUCCUUCUUCGUCGCGUCAAGGCGGAUGUUGCCGCGCAUUUACCGAAGAAGCGAGAGUAUGUCCUCUUUGCGCCCAUGACAAAGGAGCAAACCGACAUGUACAAUGCCAUCAACGACAAGGAUGUCGAUACUCGCGCCUUCCUAGAGAAGAUGGUCAUCGACCGUCUGAGUGCCAUUGCCCCUCCUAUUAAGAAGGAGAAGGUUGCGGUCCUCGAAAUUCCGAUCAGAAGCAGUCCUAGAAAGGCAAAGGGUGAGGCAGUGUCGGGGACCAAGAAGCCCAAUGCGUUCUCGGCAAUGAUGAAUCUGGCUAGAAGCUCAUCUUCAAAGCCCCAGGAAGCCGCCAAAGCGACGUCAAAGGCCUCGUCAAAGGCAUCCUCCCGCGCUGGCUCCAAGCGCAAGGAAGCGCCUCCCCUUGAGACUCCGCAAUCCAAGAGCGCCAAGUCAUCGAGACAGUCUACCCCCUCGACCACUACACGAGGCCGAGUCACCCGCGGCCGUCGCCGCUAUGUCGAUUCCGAUCCUGACGACGAAGAUAAGCUUUCCGAUGACGAGUUCGAGGCCAAACUUGCCAGAGAAGCUGAGGAAGCCGACCAGAAGGACGAUGACUCUGCCGCCGUUCUUUCCCCCGAGGAACAACAUCAGGUCAACAUUCUCGAGCAGGCCAAGAAGGAGAUGUCGACUAAGAAGCUGGGAAACCCAAUCAUGCAACUUCGUCUUGUGUGCAACUCCCCGCACAACUUCUUCGAUCCAUGGGGCUACGAGGGUAGUCCUCCCGUCGAUGAGAGUAUCGUUACGUCAUCUGGAAAGAUGUUGAUGCUGGAUCGCCUCCUUCCUACUCUGUUCGAAAAGGGGCACAAGGUCUUGAUCUUCUCUCAGUUUAAGACCCAGCUUGAUAUCCUCCAGGACUACUGUGAGCUUCGGAAGUGGAAGGCCUGUCGUUUGGAUGGCUCCGUUUCCCAGGAGAGCCGUCGCGACCAAAUCAAGGAAUUCAACGAGAAUCCCGUGUUCAAGAUCUUCCUGCUUUCGACGCGUGCUGGUGGCCAGGGCAUCAAUCUCGCGAGUGCCGACACUGUGAUCCUCUUCGACAGUGACUGGAACCCGCAGCAGGAUCUCCAGGCGCAGGACCGCUGCCACAGAAUCGGCCAGACUCGCCCUGUCAUUGUGUACCGUCUAGCCACCAAGGGCACCGUUGAGGAGGAGCUUCUCAUGAGUGCUGACGCCAAGCGUCGUCUCGAGAAGCUGAUCAUCAAGAAAGGCUCUUUCAAGACGAUGGGGCAGAAGAUUGACUUGAAGGAAGACCUCGACGGCGAGACGCUCAAGUCUCUGCUGCUGAAGGAUGGCCAGAUCUUCAAGUACUCUGGCGACCACGAGGUUCUCAGCGGCAAGGAUCUCGAUGUUCUAUGUAACCGAAGCGACGAGGCCUACUCCAAGGCAGCUGAGGGCACCGCGAACGCCGACGGCUACAAGGUCAUCGAGACCAGCUCCGACGGCAUCACCAUUGCUGGUCAGUCGACCGCUUAA